GGCUUUGUCGGGCAUGAUUUGUGCGAAGUUUUCCUUCUCGAUCCAAGCAAAGCUCUCGAGUUUGUGGGCUUUUCUCUCGGUCCUUGUCGGGCUGUGUGUCAGGCAUUUUGUUAAGCCUGAGAGAGAGCUCCGAGUCUCUAUCGUCGAGGAACAGAGAGCCCUUUUGUGUCUUUCCAUCUCCUUUUCUUUUACUAGUCUUUCUUCUUCUACUUCUCGUAUUAAUGGGGAGCAUGUUGCGAGAGCUUUGAUAAUGGCCGCUCUUACAGCCGCGGCAGCGCUAGCAGCAGCAACAGACUUUGGAGUGAUUCGGGUUUUUAGUCGACAGAUAUCUCGCAGCGAUCGAGCAAUAAGCGCGAGUGACCACAGCUCUCUUCUCUGGAGAGGAGCGAUACGAAUUGGAGUGAAGACGCGAGUAUGAUAUUGUCUGGGAGGAGGCUCUUGAGGCAGCAAUCCAAGAGAGGAGGGCGCUUCUUCUUCUCCACGAAAAUCAAUCACGACCAACAACAGCACACCAGGCAAGAGCUCCUCCGGGACAAGGUCGCGGUGAUCACCGGCGGAGCCAACGGCAUCGGCGCCGCCACGGCGCGGCUCUUCGCAUCCAACGGCGCAAGGCUGGUCAUCGCCGACAUUGACGACGAGUCGGGCGCCCGGCUCGAGGCUGAGGUCGGCGGCCCGGCGGUAUGCCGCUACGUGCACUGCGACGUGGGCAGCGAGGCCGACAUAGUCCGCGCGGUACGCACCGCGGUGUCCGAGUUUGGACGGCUGGAUGUGAUGCACAACAACGCCGGCGUGCUCAAUGGGCGGCAUCCAUCACCGUCGAUCUCCUCCAUGGAGGCGGCCGAGCUGGAUUUCCUCUACGCUGUGAACGUGAGAGGGGCGGCGCUGGGCAUCAAGCACGCGUCGCGCGUCAUGAUUGAGCAGCACGUCCAGGGGUCGAUUCUGUGCACCGCCAGCGUCUCGGCUAUGGUGGCCGGCCUCGCACUCCACCCCUACACCAUCACCAAGCACGCCAUUCUAGGGCUCGUCAAGACGUGCGCGCUGGAGCUCGCCCACUAUGGCAUCCGCGUGAAUUGCAUCACGCCCAAUGGGGUCUUGACGGAUUUGCUGUGCUCUGUGGGGCGGCAUCUCAGGCAUCUGGAGAUCCGGGAUGGGAAAUCCUGCCCUGGCGCUGAGAAUUGCGAGGAUUUGAGGACGAUGCUGGCGCCCGAGGACGUGGCCAAGGCCGCGCUCUUCCUGGCCAGCGAUGAUUCGAAGUAUAUCAGCGGCCAUAGCCUCGUGAUCGAUGGGAGCUUCAGCGCUGGCGCCGCGGGGGGAUUGAAUGUGUUCAAGGGAUUGCAGAGAGGAGAGAUCGAAUUCGUUCCUUGACGAUGUUCCCAAGCACGCGAGAGAAUUGAGAGAGGGAUUUUAAAACGAGGAAUUUGAUGGGGUAUAAACCCUAGUUCUUGUU